UCAACACACUCUUUGUUUAUUAUCAAUGACGACUGAUUAUUCCAAGAAAAUUCCUGUUUUUUGAACCCUUCUCUUUUUCUCUGCUUUGCUCAUUUCCUUGACUCUUCAUCGCACGACCUUUCGUCAUGACUUCGUCGUCACUUUCCUCUAUGUCUCUUUUCUUUUUCCCACUAUAAAUUUGGUUCAUUCUUCAGUCUUUUCUUUUCAAUUCCAAAACAUUUCAUCAUUUUUUUUCUUUCCAUUCUCUAAAUUUUCUCAAACUUCCUCUUUGAUUCUCGGUUUUAAUCUCUCAAGCAAUUAUGAAGAAAGUUAUCGUGAAAUUGGAUGUUUCUGAUGAAAAAUCUAAGCAAAAAGCUAUGAGUGUUGUGUCUAGCCUAUCAGGAGUGAACUCAAUCUCAAUGGACAUGAAAGAGAAGAAGCUGACAGUAACAGGAGACGUAGAUCCAGUAGUGAUUGUAAGCAAAUUAAGGAAAAUUUGUCAUACAACAAUAGUUUCCGUUGGACCAGAGAAAGAAGAGAAGAAACCAGAACCAAAGAAAGAUGAACCAAAGAAGGAAGAUCCAAAAAAAGUAGCUGAGGAAAAGAAGAAAGAAGAACAAAGACUUGCAGAGUUCAUCAAAGCUUGUCAAGCUUAUAAUCUCUAUAACAAUCCACCACCAGUUUUCUACCCUCCUAGAAGCAUUAGCAUUGAAGAAGAUCCAAAUGGUUGUGUUAUUUGUUAAAAUCUCCCUCACACUCUCUUCAUAAAACAGUCCAUUUCAAAAGGGUAAUGAUGAGUUUGGAGGAAGUUUCAUUCCUUUGCAAAGUUCUAAACCUAAGUUGAAAUUUCACCCUCUUUCCCUCUUUCAUAUUGUGUGAUUUCAUGUACCAAUCCCUCCCCCCUCCCCCCCUUUUUUAUGUAUGGAAGAUUGCAAUUUGCUUCCUUCCAAACAUGUAGCGAAUAAAGGAUACAUAUUCCCUCGA